AUGGAUGAGAAGCAAGUUGCUAUUAAACAACAGUUUCAAGCUUUAGAUAAUGAUCAACGUAAAGCAUAUUAUCAUUCAAAAAGUCCAACAAAUUAUGCAUUUAUAAUACAAUUAGCUUGUGAUUUUUCUCAUCGAAUAGUAAAUGUAUCCGAAUGUUAUCAUGGUAGUGUACAUGAUAUUACAAUUCUUAGAGAAUCGAGGCUAUUAGAACAUACGGAAGAAACUGUCCAAAUUAUUGCUGACAAAGGAUACGUUGGUGGAGAAUAUGUGAUCACACCAAAAAGUAAACCUCGUAGAAGUGAAUUAACAGAUGAAGAAAAAAAUUUCAAUCGUGACAUUAGUGCAAAAGCAGCUAUUGAAAAUAUUAAUCAACGUCUCAAAACUUAUGCUAUUUUGGGUAGUGUUUACAGAAGACCCAUUGAUGAUUUUCAUAAGACUACCAAGAUCGUACAUGUUGUUUCUGCUUUAUGUAAUCUGAACUUGAGUAAGCACCAUAUUCGUAAGUAUGCAACAUGA